AUGCAAGAGGGCUUGUGGUUCAUCCACGGUGUGCGGCCCGACAAACUCGUCCCGACAUACAGUGGCCUCUCUUCCGUUGAGGAUUUCUUGAAUGCAACUGAAGAUGAUAUAGACCAGGACACUCAUUGGUUGGAAAUCGAAGCAGACAAAGAUACUGCAUUCCUGGUAUACUCAUCAGGGACCACGGGCAGAGCUAAAUGUGCGAUGAUCUCUCAUCGUAACGUCGUGGCCGCUGCCAAGCUUCAAACCGCCAUUGAUAGUGCCCACAUAGACUGGCGCCCGGAUCGCACCUUAGCGGUACUUCCUACAUAUCACAUCUUCGGACUUAUUUGCCUCGUUUAUCUCCCUGUCUAUAUUGGAACAACAACAGUGUACAUGGACAAGUUCGAUAUUGCCACUUUCUGCAGUUUGAUUCAGGAGUAUCGUGUCUCCCAAGUCUAUGCCGCUCCACCCAUCGUGCUUCACCUGGUGAAGAGUAGUCUAGUGAAUACCUAUGACUUGCGUACACUCCGCAUGAUUACUUCUGGUGGCGCAUCUCUUGCUUCCAGCAACGUCAAAUCCCAGUUCGCCAGGCGUACGGAUUAUCUGAAACAACAUCUGUAUCUCACAUCCAGGUGUCGCUGGGACAAGUGGAGGGUUAGUUUAGGCUCGAAUGGACCUCCUAUUCCCGGAAUUGAAACCAAAUUUGUCGGUAAUGAUGGCCGCCAAGUUACAGUGGGUAAGGAAGGAGAGCUUUAUGUGCGUGGCGCAACAGUUUUCAAUGGUUACCUCGACGAGCCUGAUCUCACUGCGGCCUGUCUGACAGCAGAUGGAUGGCUCAAAACCGGGGACAUAGGAUGCGAAGUUGAGCAGGGCAAUCUGUUCAUAACUGACCGUUCAAAAGAUUUGAUCAAAUUCAAAGGUUACCAGGUAGCACCGGCCGAGCUCGAGGAUAUCAUUAUUGAAAACGAGGCUGUGGGGGAUGCAACUGUCAUUGGCAUCAUGAACGAGAGUCUUGCAAGCGAGGUGCCGUUGGCUUAUGUCGUAGUCAAAUCUGGUUACCCGCAGAAUCAAACUACGGCGCAAGCGAUCCUCAAGCAUGUCAAUGACCGAACAGUAUCAUACAAACAUCUCCGUGGUGGCAUUAUCUUUACUGAGAUAAUCCCUAGAAGUAACUCGGGGAAAGUUUUAAAGCGAUUGCUUCCUGAUCGGGUAUCGGUUAAUCUCGUACGUCGAAUCGGGGCCAAGGAAUACACAAAGUACAUGCUGGUGCCUAAGUUAUAG